CGCACGGCGUCGGCGCGCACGCACGUAUUCUCUCGCACCGUAUUAUUGAAACCAGCUACCAUGGGGAGUUAAGGGCAAGACGACGGGUUAUUUUCGUAAAUUUUUAAUAUUAGGAAGCUAUCCAUAUGCUGCGUUUUGGAGCACACAGUUCGCGCCAGUAUCCCCAAUGCAGCGGAUUACGGGGAACGGGCUUUCAGAGACGGGUGAAUCGUUUUCCAGCAGAAUCAUUGCUCGAGGCGAAGAUCUGACCACUGCCUUGUGCAAUCAGAGACAUGAGUGUUGUCAGAGAAUUACAUGGGAUUGGGUACAGGGGUGGUGGUGGGGUUGUGGCCUCUCUGAGCGGCCCUACCCACUUUACUGAGGAUGCUCCGCGACCCCCGGUUCCUGGCGAGGAGGGGUCUGAUGUGGACCCCCCAGUCCAGUCAGCCAACACCCGUCCAAACACCCUUUCCCAAACCCUCGGCUAUCUCCCGUCAUCCUCGUUAUCUAAAAUGGGGGAUCCAUCAAGUUACACACCCUCCUCAUCGUCUGCGACCCCGCGCCGCCCUGAUCUGGACUUGGGGUAUGAACCUGAGGGCUCGGCUUCACCAACUCCACCUUACCUGAAGUGGGCUGAGUCACUUCACUCUCUCCUAGAUGACCAGGAAGGCAUCCAGCUGUUCCGAAACUUCCUGUGCCAGGAAGGGUGUGCAGACCUUCUGGACUUCUGGUUUGCCUGCUCUGGGUUUAGGAAGACCAGCCAAGAGAAGAGGGCAAAGCUGGCCAAGGCCAUCUACAGGAAGUACAUUGUAGACGGAAGUGGGAUUGUCUCCAGGCAGAUCAAAGCAGCCACCAAGAGCUUCAUCAGAGACUGCGUGGGAAGGCCGCAUCCAGACCCUGCUAUGUUUGAACAGGCCCAGACAGAGAUCCAGGCCAUGAUGGAGGAGAACACCUACCCUUUGUUCCUUAAGUCUGAUUUGUACCUGGAGUACACACGGACAGGAGGAGAGAGCCCCAAACCUAACCCCAGUGAUCAGAGCCCUUCAUCGGGGCCAGCCAAGCCUAUGCCUGGGUACUUACCCACGCUCGCGGAGGAUGAGGAGUGGAGGUGUGGGGGAGGAGGAGCAAGGGAGGUGGAGGAAGAGAAAGAUGAGGAGGAAUGUGGAGAUACACCAGCUGGUAGGCUGACUCACAGCCUGCUGAUGCAGACAGCACCACAGAGAGCCUCGGUCAGCAGGAGGAGGCAGGAUAGCAGGGAGUACAGACCCUGGAGGGAGCCGGUAAACCCAUACUACGCAAACAUGGGCUACGCUCGUGCUCCAGCCACCAGUGCCAAUGACAGUGAGCAGCAGAGCAUGUCGAGUGAUGCAGACACACUGUCACUGACCGACAGCAGCGUAGAUGGUAUUCCUCCAUACAGAUAUCGGAAGCAGCAUCGUAAAGAGAUGCAUGAAAGUGCCAAAGCCAAUGGACGUGUGCCCCUACCUCAUAUACCUCGCACGUACCGCAUGCCAAAGGACAUCCACGUAGAGCCUGAGAGGUUUGCAGCGGAGCUCAUCAGCAGGCUAGAGACGGUUCUCAGAGAGAGAGAGGCUCAGGAAAGACUCGAAGAGAGGCUGAAGAGAGUACGACUGGAAGAAGAGGGGGACGAUGCUGACAUCUCCAUGACAACCUCCAUGUCUUCUCAUAGCAUACCACUCCCCCUCCCCUCAUCGUUUCCACCUCUCUAUGGCGCCCGUUAUUCAGAGACCACUGCUAACACGACAACGGUUGCCACUUACGGCGGCUUGGUUGCCAUGGAGGAUUCCCAUGACGACGACCCGGAGUCUAUUUUGGAUGAGCAUGUAUCACGUGUGAUGAAAACGCCGGGCUGCCAGUCGCCUGGGGCAACAAACAGCACCUUAGGAGGAGGAGGGGGUCGACACACUCCUCCCAAAUCAUCACGCUCACCUGACGGGGGGAUCGGACCGCCUCACUACCCCCCACACCGAGGGGGAGGUCACAGUCUGCCUGCUGCCGGGGUCAAAGGCAUGCAUCACCACAAGCAGCUGUACCACCACAGAGGAAGAGAAGGACAGGAGGAGGCGGGCUCUAGGUCUCAGCCCAACUUCCUGUGGAACGGAGACCCAGCUGGCCAGUAUGCAGGGAGAAGUCGUAACUACGCCGACGGCGCUGGAGCCAGCACACUUGAGGGGAUGGGUUACAGUAGUAAAGGCAGCACGUUAUCACGGCGGGGUUGUAAGAAGACUUCAGAGACAUCAGGUAAAGGUGAGGAGAGUGGGCGUGGUCUGGAGACCCAGGUGCCACUGGAAGAUCUGGAGAGAAACCAGAAGAUCUUGCAGUGGAUGAUGGAAGGAGAUAGACAAAGGAAGAGCUCCCAUGGCGGCAGCACCAGUAGCUCCAGGAGGACGGGAACCAGCAGCGAGUCACCACGUCCGACCUCAGUAGAGAGGCCUGGAGCUGUGCACCCCUGGGUCUCUGCCCAGCUGCGUAACAACCCGUCUUCGGUGUCCGCCGCCAUCCCCGGCUCAUCGUCCACCCAGGUCCAGCCCUCGCACCCUUUCAUCCAGGACCCAGCUAUGCCCCCCAACCCAGCUCCCAACCCCCUCACCCAGCUGGAGGAGGCUAGGAGGAGGCUGGAGGAGGAGAGGAGGAGGAAUGCACUACAGCAGGCCAAGCAGAGGCAUAAGUCUGGUAAGCGCCAAGUGUGUGAGAACAUGACGGUCGCUUACUACUUUUGUGGAGAGCCAAUCCCAUACAGAACAUCAGUCAAAGGCCGUGUGGUGACUUUGGGCCAGUUCAAGGAGCUGCUUACCAAAAAGGGCCACUACAGGUUCUACUUCAAGAAAGUGAGCGACGAGUUUGACUGUGGUGUAGUGUUCGAGGAAGUUCGCGACGAUGACGCCAUCUUGCCCAUCUUUGAGGAGAAGAUCAUUGGGAAGGUGGAGAAGGUUGACUGAAAAUUGGGAACAGGAAGACGGAACAGAAUUGGGAAAAAAAAAAUCAUUUGAAAAGAGGAGAUUGGAAGAGAACAUUCAGGUUAGAUGGAAAUUCAGUGGUGAGAAAACGAAAGAAAGUAGAAAGAUGGAAGGAGCGACGUGUGACAAAAGGGAGAUUGCGCUGCAUGGUAGAAGCUCGAGUAUCAAGGAGGUGGUUAUUUUUAUGGAAUAUCUGGAUAUCUGCGUCAGCGCCUGGAUCAAACCCACAUCAAGCAAAGAAGCUGGGCCAGAUGAAACAGGAGCGGAGGAAAGGAACAUAAAUUAUUUCACCUGUCACGUCUCCACUGUGGAUAUUCGAGGAGGGCUGUUAAAAUCCAAUGUCUGACCGGUCCUCCGCUUCCUCUGCGAUGGAUAGAAAAGGUUGAGGGGACUGCUGGAAGGAGAGAGGAUAAAGUAGUCUUCCACUUCUGCUCUGGAGGAGUCUGUCCUCUGCAGACCAUUAUGAUGCUGCUACAUUACCACGGAAACUCUUCAAUCGGUGCUCGGGACAGUAAAGAAAGCAUUUUUUUGUUCCAUUCGGGAGUCUCGCUGCCUUUUGCUGUCUCUGUUCCUCAUCAGCUGGUGACAAGGGGAGAGGACAGAGGAUUUUGGGGAGUGGAACUUUUCGCCUGCUUCUCCGCUCAUUGACUUCAUAGCCUCAAAACAGAGAAAAGCUCUCACCCUUGAUUCCUAGAUGUCAUGUAGUGAUCUCUCACAUCAACAUGUUCAGACAACAGUUCUCUACAUAACUUGUUUACCAAAGCUACAUAUUUUUGAUAAGACAAGUAUCCUAGCUACUUGUUUUCAUUUUAUUUGAAUUGUGUAUGUACAAGGCAGGUACUAUUACUUACUAAUGCAGCCUAAUUUCGUCAUAUCUCAACUUAAUUUUUUAUUAUUGUGUAUGUUUUGAAGCUAGUUCAGUAGUCAUUUCAGGGCAGCCAUUUUGUUUUUCCUUCCUCUAAACCACAUCCAUGCACCUCCGUUCUGUGCUGUUUACCUUUUGAGUGUGCAGUUCUGUUCUUCCACGCAACAGAUUUUAAAUAUAGGUUAAAUUUUGUUUUUUCCCCCCAACCCACAAAAAUUCUCAUGAAAAAGAGGAGUUGCGCCAUCUUUGACCACAGUAUCUGUUGUUUUUACACAGGUCACACUGUCCCCUCCUGUAUCUUGUCAUUUUUCUGCUAUAUCGAGAGCCUGUGUACGUAACUCCAAGCUCAGUCUAGGUGCCUGCCUGGCCAGUGCCAUUACUUUCAAGGAUGCUUAUUCUGAAGCGUGUCAGUGAGUGUGAAAGCCCGCGUCGGUCGUGUAUGUCUGAACUCAGCCAAAGAGCAUACCGUACGUCCCGUAUGCCUACGUGCUUGUGUCUGUGCAGUCCAAGUCCCGGGUAUCAAAUGUACCUUUACAUCAUGAGCAGAAGGGAAUCUCUUCUUUCUCUUGCAGAUUCCCAAACUUAACACAUUGUAGCUUAACGUUGAGUUUAAAAUCUGGAGCUUGUUUUAGAAAGAAUAGUUUGAAACUUUGAGAAAUGCGCUUACUUGCUUUCUUGCUGAGAGUUAGGUGAGAAAAUUGAUACUGCUUUCAUGUUUGUAUGGCAGAUAAGAGGCCUACAGCAAGCCGUUGGUUAGAUUUUGUACAUGUUAAACAUACUAGGGCUGCAAAUGAUUUGUUUUAUCAAUUUAAUCUGCCAAUUACUUUCUCGAUUAAUCGAUUGGUUUAUAAAAUGUCUCCGCAUCACACUUUCCUAAAGCCUAAGACGACAACUGUUGUUUUGUCCGAACAACAGUUCAAAACUUAGAUAUUUGGUUUUCUGUCACUUAAGACAAAAGAAGCGGAAAAUUCUCACCAUUUUAGAAACUGAAGCUAGAGUGUGUUGGACAUUUCUGCUUAAAAAAUGAUUUUAAUUGAUUCAGCUAUAAAAAAAAAAAAAAACUAGAUAUAACACGUCAAUUAUUGAGCUUCAAAGGUGCAGGCAGGUAGAUUUUUAUACUUUUGGAUAGAGCCAGAUUCACUGUUUCCGCCCCAAUUUCCAUUCUUUAUGCCGGCUGCAGUUUCACAUUUAAUGUACACACAUGAGAUUGGUAUUACUCCCAGGAAGAUGGCAAAAAAAAAAAAAGCUAAUUUCCAAAAAUGUCAACUUCUUCUUUCAAACAUCUCACAUCACUGGAGUACAGCAAUGAGGCCUCAGGGCCAGAAUAUGAUAAAACACAGUGCACACUGCACUGACAACACACCAGCUACUGUAUUUAAGCUGAAUGUAAUCUGACUAUUUUUUUUUUUUUUUAAAGACUUUUACCCGCUAUAUCCUCAAAGGAAGUCCCCCUCAUUUGUCAUGUCAUCCUGCCUGAGUCUACCUUUCAGUAUUGAUCUCCGACGCUUGGUCUGACUGAGCGUUUUGAGUUAUCUCUGCUGGUAGUUAACUGAAUGUGUUCAUUAAACAAAGGGGUCCUACAGAAGGUCUUGCAGGAAUGUCAAAUACAAUUUGUCCUGGGUUUCUGUCCAGCAAGGGAAACAUAGGAUCGUAGAGCAUACAGACGGGUGACAAACUAAAGGAAAAAAACCAACAUAAAGUGUCUCAGUAAGGUGUUGGGCCACCACGUUCUGACAGAACAGCCUCAGUGCGCCUGGGCAUAGAUUCUACAAGUCUCUGAACUCUAAUGGAGGGAUGGACACCAUUCUUCAAAAAAAAAAAAAAAAAAAUUCCUUCACGGUGAUGGUGGUAAAAGAGAGCGCUGUCUAAAAAUGUUGGUCCAAAAUCUCCCAUAGGUUUCCAGUUGGGUGGAGAUCUGGUGACCACGGAGGCCAUAGCAUAUGAUCCACAUCAUUUUCACACUCACCGAAACAUUCAGUGACACACCCCCCCCGUGUCCUAUGGAUGGGGGAAUUUUCAUCCUGUUUUGUCCACUCGUUUUUCAGAUUAUUAUUUUUUUUUUUUUUAAAUUCGUCACCCGUCUGUAUUUGUCCUUACUUCAACACAUUUUGCCUUCAAUAUGAAAUUUAAAAUUUAGAAAUGUAUUUGUUUAUUAAAAAAAAUGUAAUUUUAAUAAUCACCAAGCAUGUUCUUUAUAAGGAAUGUUUUCCUGAUGAGUUGAAUUAUCUAUUUUGUUUUAAUGUUUAUGUGCAAACUGCUAUGGCCCUCUGAUAUAUUUUAUCUGUUUUAUUAGAAAGAACGCCCAGGGACAGUUAAAUGACAAAAUUUGCUAAGAGUUGUUUCUUGUGAUUAUGAUUUAAUGGACAAAACAAACAACCGCGUCUGUUGUUGUCGAUUUGUGUGAAACACAGUGCCUUUAUCAUGUUAUCUUUCAAAAAUAUGUUUAUUGAACCAAUCCAUGCUUUUAAUGUUAUUUUUUUUUUAUUUUCAGUCAGUCCCGUUAUAUUUUUAGCUGCAGUCAUGCUUGCUCACUUCUGUUCUGAUAGACUCUCUGCUGUAAAUAUGUACAUUAUCAUUUCAUACGUGUCUUCAGACCUGCGCCACAUGUCCAUGGUGUUUCUGUUUUUCAAAGGUAAACACCAAGAUGUCACUGUGCUGGUUCCACUUGUACAUUUCUUUUAAAAAGGUACUUCAUA